CUCCACACUUCAGCUGUUUAGCAAGGCAGCAGAAUAGCAGUAGCCCAUGUUGUUGAGGACAGGUCGCCUGUAGGCCAACCGACCAAAGGGCCACAGCACUACAGCAGGCCGGCCAACACGACUCCGAGUUGGAGGCGACCUCCGCUCCCCUCUUCCUCCCUCUUUCCGACUUUCCCUCCCUACUCGCCCCCGCGCCGCGCCAAUCUUUUUUCCCUCUUGACGGCGCACAUAAAUCCGCGCCAAAUCGUCAAACCAAAACCAGGCCGCGCCCGCCUCGUCAGUCCUCAGUCCUCACUUUCGGGCCGAGCUCCGGAUAUCCAGCGGCGGCAAUGGCAGCCGAAGCCAGCGCCGUCCAGCAGCUCGCUGGCCUCCUGGACCAAGUGGACGCGCCGCUGAAGAAGACAUUUGAGUUUGCAGGAUAACAUUUCCAUCUGAAAUCCUCUCUAAAGGCUAGGCUUAUCUGCACACUCUGUGCUGAGUAGGAGAUGCCAAAUAAUUCCCAGCAGAACCUCUUGGCUGGUGCCUGGUGGAGUGAGAAUCAAAAGAAAGUGCCACUUGCAAGUUGCAACAGAAUUAUUGCCUCAAUAACAUGAGAAUGUGCAUCAGGGCUACCCAACAGAGACAUUAUUGCGUUUCCUUAAAGCUAGAGAGUGGCAUGUGAAUAAGGCUCACAGGAUGCUUGAAGAUUCUUUGAAUUGGAGGAUGCAAAAUGAAAUCGAUAGUAUAUUGGAGAAACCUAUUAUCCCAGUAGAUUUGUAUAGAUCAAUUCGUGAUACACAGCUUAUUGGGUUAUCAGGAUACUCCAAAGAGGGCAUUCCUGUAUUUGCAGUUGGUGUUGGGCUGAGUACAUAUGACAAAGCUUCGGUUAACUACUAUGUGCAAUCUCACAUUCAGAUCAAUGAGUACCGAGAUCGUUUUAUUUUGCCUACAGUGACAAAGAAGUAUGGGAGACCUAUUACCACCUGUAUAAAGGUUCUCGAUAUGACUGGUCUGAAAUUGUCAGCACUACACCAAAUGAAGAUUGUGACUGCAAUAUCUACAGUUGAUGAUUUGAAUUACCCUGAAAAGACUGAGACCUAUUAUAUAGUAAACGCUCCAUACAUAUUUUCUGCAUGUUGGAAGGUCGUGAAGCCUCUGUUGCAAGAGAGAACAAGGAAGAAAGUUCAUGUGUUGCGUGGCUGCGGGAGAGACGAGCUUCUACAGUUCUGGAACAUGCAGAUCAUGGACUACUCCUCCCUCCCCCAUUUCUGCAGACAGGAGGGCUCGGGCUCAUCCAAACAUUCGUCAGGCGACGCCGAUAACUGCUUCUCUCUCGACCACCCGUUCCACCAGGAGCUCUACAGCUUCAUCCAGGAGCAGGCGCUGAACCAGGAGCUCAUCAAGCAGGGCUCCUUGCACGUGAAAAUCCCCGAGCAGGACCCUGAGGACGCAAAGAUCGUGGAGGUCAUCGAGGCCGAGUUCCACAAGCUUGGCGUGCAGAACGGGUCCGCCAAUGGCAUCGACCAAGCAUAGCACCUUUGUCUAAUAAGGCCAGCCUGAUUCAACCGAGACGUUGCUUGCCACUUCUGAUGCAACUAAUCCUACUGUUUAAUUUUUUUGGUGGGGUGGGCCCACCCCCAUUGCUGUUUCCUGGGGGGAGGGGGGGGGGGGGGGGGGGGGGUGAUUGGUAUUGGUGGUAUACAUAGCAAAGUCAUUUGCAGAUCCAUCCAUGAUGCAGGACUGAGAUAGACGAUAUCACCUGUGUAAACUUGCAGAUUUGCAAUGUGUCCUCAUCUCAUAUGUAUGCUGAGUUGAGAUGAAAUGAAUAAAUCAUCCUACAAGUUUUUUUUGAGUCA